GCAUAUUAUUAACCAACAUGGAGGAAUCUUGGGAAGUUCUUGUUCCUCCUCCAGAGAUCGUACAUUCAAGUCGGAAUGAGAUGAACUCUAGUAGUGAACAACAGAAGACUGCCACCAAUAUCAAGAGUGAACCAAAGUUAUGUGGGUUUUUGAACAAGCUUGGAGAGAAAGGAAUCAUCAAAACAUGGAAAUCAAGAUGGUUUGUAUUUGAUGAAAGUCGCUGUAGAUUAUUUUAUUACAGGACACCACAGGACCAUGUGCAACUGGGGUUUAUUGAUAUAGCAACUGCAACUUUCUCAUUUCAAGUUGAAAACCCAGAUAGACUGAACCAGUUUGAUAUAUGUGUUUCAGACAGGAAGUACCACCUUCAAGCAAAAGACAAACAAACAAUGAUGUUCUGGUUACAAGAGUUACAGACAAGAAGACGCAACUAUAGUAAAAAGCGUGCAAAUGCAGCUCUUCAAAACAGAGAUUUACAUAGCGUCAUUUCAGUYGUGAAUUCAGGUGGUUUGAUUGGAAAUGAAGACAAUGAUCAAGAAAAUACGGAGAAUCCUCAAGAGGAGACAAAAGAGAGUCGUGUAAUGCAGAGGGUGCCUCCUCCAGAAACAGUUGGCCAAGAGGCUGCCUUGAAGUCACCAUCAGGAGGAGGAAUGUUUAAUCUGUCAUUUAACAACAUUAGAACAGAGUUUAGAAAUAUGAGUGCAAAAAGAUUUUCAGCAAGUUUUGCAGGCAAUACACCAUUAUAUGUUCCACCAUCAAUCUCUGAACAACCUGAAGGUAAUAUGAAGACUGAACAAAAUCAAUCUAAAAUCAACCAAGAUAUGACUGGUAAUUGUCAAAGUUCUUUUCAGAGUCACAUAAAAACAUUUGAAGAAAAUCCAAAUCAAGAAGUUGAAUGUCAGAGUGAGAAUGCAAGUACAAACACGGAAUCAUCAAAGAUACAUGUAGCUGAUGCUCUGAGAAGGAAGUUUGCUGCCAGUAGGUCCACUACUGCACCUACGUCAUCUGCCAAGUGUCAAGAAUGUGAAAAGGUUCGUUCAACAUUACAAUCAUAUGAAAAAGAUCUGACAUCAGCAAGAGAAGAAAUAUCAGUCCGGCAGGAAGUCAUUCUCAACUUGCAUGAACUUCUAAGGAAGUUUCAAAUAGAGAAGUCUGAUAAUYUACAGUCAGAYCAAAUGAAGCUUGAAGAUCAAAUUCAGUCCAAAGAUGACUACAUAUGUAAGCUUGAAGAACAGAUUCGACAGCAGGAAGAACAUCAUGCUGAGGCAUUAAAAGAGAAGGACAAAGAGUUGUGUGGACUACUUGAACAAAUCCAAAUGUACCAGGAAAUGGUAGCAGUCAAGGACCAAGUUGUUGUGUCUUUGACUAACGAGCUUCACAGUUUAGAGAAGACUUACAAGAAUCCAGAAGGAGAAGAAGUUGGUGAGGAGGUCGAACCCGAGAGUCCAACACUCAGAGAAACUCAAAAUGGGAUUGAUAACAUUCAUGAGAUAGACAAACUAAAGGAAGCAUGUCAGGCAUAUGCUUUGCAGAACAGGUUUAUUAACAGUGAAAUCCUUGAGUUGAACAAAUUAAGACAAGAUGACGAAGAACGGCUGAGGCUCCAAGAAGUUAAACUCUCGACAGCAGAAGCUGAGAUGUGCAAGUUUAAGUCAAAAUAUCUACUGGUGUUAAGGGAACUGCAACGACCAAGAAAGGGUGGCGAUACAUCAGAGGAUGACGUCAUCGGUCAACUAUUGCAGGACGCUCUAGACAGUGAAUCGUUGGAUAAGUCUUCAUUAUCUCGAUCUGUUAUGGCGCCAUAUGACAGAUGGGGUUUCCCCCAAAAACUUAACAGCCAAGAUGAGGAUGCUUUCCUUUCCAUGGCAAACCGCUUGGGAAGACGAUCAGAAGAAAUUAAGGCAAACAGGGAAAACCUGGAGACGUCAAAUGCUGUAAAAUGGGACAAUUACAUGGUGACCCAUCAGAAUAGAGAAUUUCAGAAAACGGUUGAGUUGAAGACUCUCAUACGUUCUGGUAUAACAGACCAGUACCGUGCCCAUAUAUGGAGGCAGUGUAUCCACUUCCAUGUACGMGAGACGAAGAAAAUGGCAGGGCCGAACUAUUAUCAGAAUCUAUUAGAAUCUAUCGAGGGAAAAUUCUCACCAGCAGCUAAACAAAUAGGACUCGAUUUACUGCGCACUUUACCUAAUAAUCUACACUAUGAAAAACCUGACUCUCCCGGGAUUGAGAAACUUCGUCGAGUUCUUCUUGCGUACAGUUGGCACAACCCUGAAGUCGGUUAUUGUCAGGGUAUCAACCGUCUUGUAGCCAUAGCAAUGCUUUACUUAACAGAAGAAGAAGCGUUUUGGUGUUUGGUGGCAUUCAUUGAGCAUAUCAUGCCUAAGGACUACUACUCCAAGACUUUACUAGCAGCACAAGCUGAUCAACGAGUUCUCAAAGACUUCUUGGCAGACAAGCUACCAAAGGUUUACGCUCACUUGGAAAGUCUUUGUGUUGAUUUAUCUCUUCUUACUUUUAACUGGUUUUUGACAGUAUUUGUUGACAGUUUUCCCAUCGAGACUAUCUUGCGUGUAUGGGACUGUUUCAUGUUUGAAGGAAAUGCUGAACUGGAUGAGCUGGAUCAACUACGCGACAGUUACAUCCACGAAAGAGAUGAUAACGAAACACGAGAGGUCCUCAGUGAUUCAGAGAUUCAUGGAGAUGAUUGAAAGAAUUGGCUAGUACUUAAUCAUCAAUAUGACUUUAGAUUUAACAAUGCUUUUGCACUUUUUGUAGGUGUAAGCUACUUGUCAAAUGAUGUAAUUAUAAAAUUUAUAUUGAUAUACUGUACAUACUUUAUACCACGAAGAAAAUCAGAAAUAUUAUUAUUUAAUUAAUAAAUCUACCAAAGGCAACACAGUC